AGCGAUUAGUAAGCCUGGAGACUCGCGACCACUGUAUCUGUACCAUGGGCUGUGCCGCUUCCGGUUGAAUGCUAGACCAGUAUCCUUGCAAAACAGCUGCCGCUUUGCUGGUUAAACUUGGGGACGUACUUGUUCAUAAUUAAUUUUAUCAGUAUCAAGAAUUUAGUGAAUUUAAUGAAGUUUUAGCAGUUUUUUGUUGUUUUUCAUUUUUAGUUUCCAGUUAAAAUUGUCACGCGAAAUGCUGUCUGAGCACUGAUUGGAUUACAAUGGAUACUGGACCAGUGAUUCAUAUCGUUUCCACCAAGAGCUCGAAUUCGCAAUCCUUCAGAGCGAAACCUGGCCAACAACCGAACAGGAAUCGAGUCAUUCCGGCGAUUGCUGCCGAAAGCGUGUCGGAUCUGAAGCACGACAGGAAUCGUGUAGCUCCGUGGAAAUCUCCGAAUAGUUUUCAGGAGCCCAACCCAUCGCAAAACUAUCCGCGGAUUCCCGCAGCCAACUCCUACGCUGAUAGCAACCACCGAAGUCAUUCCAGUGGAAAACGCCGCGAUGCCGAGGGGUUCGCACCAAGUAGCAAGAGAACACUUCGCGAAGAACGUCACAGCGAUCUCGCUAAGCCUUAUGCCAGAGACUCAACGGUGAUUUCUGAAAGUGGCGGGGCUUUGGCAAGUCCUCUGCUUUCUGAGAAUUCGGCUUUCGCUCAAGAUCCAGCAGCUUCUGACGAUGUAGACUCACUGCCCAGGAAAAAGAAGAAGCCCCUGUUGACUGUGCCGACAAGAGCUACCAUUGAUGUUUCAAAAAACUGGACACAGUUGAAAACGGCGAUUGGUGCAGGCAGGCGGCCGAAGCGGAUAGUGCAGCCUGCGACAGCUGCGAGCACUCAAUCAGAUCCAAACAGUGCGGAGACCGCUAGCGUUGCCAAUCCUGCGGUAGGCGAAAUUGCCGAGAUACCUGAAGCCACCGCUGAGACAUUCGUCAAAACCAAAUCCUUUAAUGGACUAACGAAAGCUGUGGCAAUGGACUGCGAGUUUGUUGGUGUUGGUCCUGGUGGGCAAGAGAACAUGCUGGCGCGAGUAUCGCUUGUAAACCUGUUCGGACAUUGCUUAUAUGAUACCUUCGUCAAGCCUACGGAGCUUGUAAAAGAUUACCGCACCCACGUGAGUGGCGUUCGACCACAAGAUUUGAAAAAAGGUGAGGAAUUUAAAGUCGUGCAAGCGAAGGUUGCCGAGAUUUUACGAGGUCGCAUCCUUAUUGGUCAUGCGGUCAGUAAUGAUCUGGAAGCUCUGUUGUUGAGCCAUCCCAAGGGCGAUAUUCGGGACACCUCGAAAUACAAACCCUUCCGCAUUUUGAUGAAAGGCGGUACUCCGUCGCUGAAGAAGCUGACGGCUAAGGUGCUGGGUGUUGCCGUCCAGACCGGUGAACAUGAUUCCAUACAGGAUGCCCAAGCUACGAUGAGGCUGUAUACCAUGCAUAAAAGAACAUGGGAAUCGACGGUGUCCUUUCGAGCAAAGAAAGCAAAAUUAAACGCAACUAAAAGAUCUUAGGCGCUUUUAAAUCUGACACGCAGAAGUGUGGUUUUUGUGCUUUCGGAUUUUAUUCAGUGGACUGGAGAUGCAAAUCUGCGUUUAUUAAAAAGCUGAAUGUUUCGUUUGUGGGUCAGUCAUCGUUUACUCCUGCUCGUGCGACUGUUAUGUGUCGAUGUACGGGCACUUAAUAAUUAUUCGUUAAAUGUCAGUAAAUACUA